UGAGCUCAGACAAGUCAGCUGGCUGUUUCCACUCGUCGGUGUUUGCGGCGGAGCUUUCGAUUGGCUGGUUGUAUUAUUGUAUGCAAAUCCGGUCGAGGUUGCAGCCAGUAGGUGAAAGGCUCGCGCUGGUGUGGCUCUCCAGACCCGAAGCGCGAGGUGAAAUCGCUUUCUGCGGAGCUGUCCACUCCAGGAGGUGCUGAAACCGACACUUGGAAGGAAUGCACAAACUCCGAGGACGUUGUACAGCUUAACCAAAACGGGAUUGGAUUUACUUCGCACCAGUCAACAUUGUUGUUCCAAAAGUAAUUAUUUUAUUUUAAAAACCUCACUCGGAAAUACUUUUCUGGAUGAGUUGUAGUUGGAUAAACAGGAGGGUAAUGAGAGGCUCCAAAAGAUGGUGGGCAGCUGUCCUGCUCUGGGGGGCAGCACUGAUAGCAGAGGCACGUCCCACCAAAGAAGGAUUUACCCUGAUGGCGUAUCGACCUCUUGUCAGAUUCCGUCACAAGCAGGAUGGGAUCUCAGAGAGUUUACGGAUUAAAGGGUUCUUUGGUCAGAAUGGCUAUCCUGGGCCCUGUGAACACAAAUACUGUGGUUUGGGAAAGCACUGUGUGGUUGAUCGAGAAACAGGUGAAGGAGAAUGUCAGUGUCUGGAACGUUGCAAACCACAUUAUAAACCUGUGUGUGGAUCUGAUGGCAAACUCUACCAGAACCACUGUGAGCUUCACAGAGCCUCCUGUAUGACCCAUCAGAGAAUAACCAUAAUGCACAGCGAGGAAUGCUUCUACAAAGAUGAUAACUGUCAUCUGGGAGACUAUAAAAAAUUGAAGACCAAGAUGUUGGACUUACAUGCUCAGAGGUACUUGACCCCCGGUAACCAUGGCAGCCACGAAAACGAUAUGGCAGCUAGGAAACAUCUGGUGGACAUGAUGUUCAAGCGCUUUGACGCAGAUGGUAAUGGAAGAGUUGACAGCAGUGAGCUCUCACAGGUCAUCAAACAGGAGGGUCUGAGCAGUAUGGCGUCAGAAUGCACUCUGUUCGAUCUGUUCAAAUAUAACGACGUAAACGAUGAUGAACACCUAACCAGAGAGGAGUUCUACACAGCUUUUGAGGUCUAUCAGCUCAGCCUUCCUGAAGACCAGAAGCUGAGCAUCAGCACUGUAACAGUGGGUCAGAGCGCCGUGCUAACGUGUGCCAUCACAGGAGACCAGAGACCACCAAUCAUCUGGCGACGCAACAACCAUGCUCUCAACAUGCUGGAGCUGGAGGACAUUAACGAUUUCGGAGAUGAUGGAUCACUGUACAUUACCAAGGUGACCACUACGCACAUGGGCAACUACACCUGCCAUGCAGACGGCUACGAGCAGCUUUUCCAAACACACACCCUGCAGGUUAAUGUGCCCCCUGUUAUCCGGGUGUACCCUGAGAGCCAGGCACGUGAGCCGGGGGUCACAGCCAGCCUGCGGUGCUACGCUGAGGGCAUCCCUGACCCACAACUCUCAUGGCUGAAGAACGGGAUGGACAUCACCACGAAACUCUCCAAACAACUCACACUUCAGGCGAAUGGGAGCGAGGUACACAUCAGUAACGUCCACUUUGAGGACACUGGGGCCUAUACCUGCAUUGCCCGCAACGAGGCGGGAGUAGACGAGGACAUCUCCUCUCUAUUCGUGGAGGACUCUGCUCGGAAAACGUUGGCCAACAUCCUGUGGAGAGAAGAAGGUCUGGGGAUUGGAAACAUGUUCUAUGUGUUUUAUGAGGACGGUAUUAAAGUCAUCCAGCCAGUGGCGUGUGAGAUUCAGAGACACAUCAAACCCAGCGAGAAGCUUCUUGGCCUGCAGGAGGAGGUCUGUCCACAAGUGGAGGGAGAGAAGGAUCAGAAAUGUAUGUGGACAUCAGCCGUCAAUGUGAAAGACAAGUUCAUUUACGUCACACAGCCUUUACUGAACAGGUUGCUCAUUGUAGACAUCCAAUCGCAGAAAGCUGUUCAGACUGUGAGCACCGACCGGGUUCCAGUGAAGGUGCACUAUGACAAGUCUCAUGACCAGGUGUGGAUCCUGAGCUGGGGAGAUCUCGAGAAAAGCUCUCCAACCCUCCAGGUGAUCAGCCAAGCCAGCGGAAGCACGUCCCACCACACCAUCCACACCCAGCCAGUUGGCCAUUGCUUCGACAGGGUGGAGGAUUUCUUUAUUCCUCCCAUAAGCCUCACAAUCAAUCACAUCAGGUUUGGUAUCAUUCUCCACAAGAAUGAACCAGCUCUUCAUAAGAUUGAUUUGGAAACCACCUCCUAUGUGAAAAAUAUUAGUCUGCAGCAGUACGAUUGCAUCCCACAAUCGCUCGCCUACACGCAUCUGGGCGGAUACUACUUCGUCAACUGUCGGCCAGAUUCAACAGGUGCGGUACGGCCACAAUUAAUCAUCGAUACCGUAACAGACAAUGUCAUCGGUCCAAAUAGGGAUGUGAGCGGCACACCUUAUGUAUCUCCUGAUGGCCACUAUUUAGUGAGCGUGGAUGACCUUGAUGGGCUAAUGCGCUUGCAGUAUGUGUCCGUGCGAGGUGAGAUUGGCCAACCCUUUGACAUUCACACCAACCUGCACCUGUCCGAUCUGGCCUUUAUGCCCUCUUUCACUGAGGCUAACCAGUAUAACGUGUUUGGCAGCUCGGGUCACCAGACGGAUGCUCUUUUUGUGGAGCUCAGCAGCGGUAAUGUCAAAAUGAUCAAAAGUCUAAAGCAGCCCACGCCGGCUGCUCGGUGGCCUUGGAAUCGACAGAACAGGGUCAUGACUGGCAGCGGGCUGUUCGGACAGUAUCUCAUGAGCCCGUCUCAAAGCUCCCUGUUUAUUCUAGAUGGGCGGCUGGAUAAACUCAACUGUGAGAUCACCGACGUUCCCUUGGGAAACACUGUGGUGUGGGUGGGAGAGCCGUAAGCUGGUUUAUAGGGGCUUGAGAGGGAAACAAACAAACAGGUUGCACUGAAUUUGGUCUCCGUUUAAUUUAUUGAGAACAAAAUAAGUCUCAAAGUUUGUAACAAAAAACAAAACUGACUGUUCAAAAACCUGCAUUGAAAAAGAGAACUUGGGAGAUGCUUGUUUUUGAUAAGCUAGCCAGGUUUUUGAGUCAAAUAGCUAAUAAGUAGUUUUUCCAAAAGUGUUUAGGUGGCGUUAAACUAGCAUCGGUAUCUUUUAUUAAGAAAGUCAGUAAGAAUCACUUUGAUUGAAAGUGAGAAUUGUUUAAUUCACUGACAGAAACGUUUCAACUGAUACGGACCCAUGUUUUAGGAAUAAUAUUUUCUCAUCUCCCUUUAAAACUUAAAACACACAUACAGAACACAUUCGGCCUAUUUUUUCCAGUGCCUUGAAGGAAUACUCACAAAAAAAAAGAAAAAGAAA